UUGCCGUUUGGACAAGUGCCGGUACUGGAAGUGGACGGUAAACAACUCGCACAGUCCCAGGCAAUCUGUCGUUAUCUCGCUAGACAAUGGGGUAAGCAGGCAGAGAGAACUCAUUCAAUUGGUUUAGGCCUAUCUGGCAGUAAUGCUUUCGAAGAAGCGCUUGUUGACUCCUUGGGUGAUCAGUAUACUGACUAUCGUGUGGAAGCCAAACCGUACAUCUACACUGCACUUGGAUUCAUGGAGGGUGGAGAUCUUGAAAAGCUGAAGAAAGAGGUGAUGAUGCCUGCGCGCGACAAGUUCCUUGGUUUCAUUACAAAAUUCCUUAAAAACAAUAAAACAAAAUCCGGUAAGUUAUCUGUAAAAUCUAUAAAUCAUUGUGCCAGUUCUUUGAAUCUCAUGUAUUCAAACACUUUCAAAAAA